AUGUCUGAGGAGAAGGUAAAGAUACUCGUGCUCGGCCCCACCAAGAGCGGGAAGUCGACCAUCACGAACUUCCUCGCCGGCGCGCGCGACACGCCAACGAAGGAGUACCACGAAACGCGGCCGCUGCGCAUCCUUGAGGUGGAGAUCGGGCUCGAGAACCUCAGGAUCGGCGGCCGCUACGCCGCGGGACCGAAGAAGGCCAUUGUGCAGCUGUGGGACCUCGGCGGCAGCAGCAAAAACCAGGCGGGCUGGGCAGCCGUCGCCGCCAACGCGGACGGCAUAAUCUACGUCUUCAACCCCGAGGUGAAAGGGGCGGAGAAGGAACUCGUGUUGUGGUACAAGAACUUCGCGCUGGACCAGGACCAGCUCGAUGACAAGAACAACUUCAAGAUCCGCGUGUCGGACAAGCACUCGCUGGUGUUCUCGCACCAUUCCUCAAUGCCGGAUGUGGCCGUCGGCGACAAUGCGAUCCCGCCGCUGCCGAAGCAGCUGAAGGGUGUCCGCGCCGUUGAGACCUCACUGGACUACCAGAGCGAUAACUUCAAGGAGGCGUUCGACCAGCUGGUGGAGCAGAUCAUCAUCUCACGCAUCACAGCGGAGGAGGAUGAGUUACUGCAGAAGGAGCGGGAGACAGACGACGGGCCGCGGCUGAUGCGCUGA